CCACGACUGUGAAAGUAAUACCAGACAGUAACGUUUAUUAUUCAAAUCGAGGAGGAAGACCACUGGAGAAUAUUACAUGUCAAGCGGAUUGUCUGCCAAAGUGUACCUACACAUGGAAGAUGGAGAAUCCGUACUGGCCGGACACAAUCUUUAAUACAGGCGACACAUUAUUUGCAAAUAUAAAUUUUACAUAUAACGAUAGUAGACGCUUUAAAUGUGCAGCAACGAAUGACGUCAGCGAAAGAGAAAGUAGAUGGAUAACAGUGGAAAUGAAGAAGGGACCGGACAGCGUAAGGAUUACAACAAAACCUCCACGUGGAAGACAACACGAACCGUUUGAAAUGGAGUGUUCGGCUACUUGCAAUAACGGAUGUCUAUCCUACAGUUGGUUCCACGAGAGAAAAUUAAUUCACAAUGGGGAACGUCUUCACUUUAGCACCCUUUUAAGGACAGAUAAUGGAGUAUACACCUGUACAGUCAGUGACUACUUUGGAACAACCUCUAUAUCCUAUAAUUUGAACGUACAGUAUGGUCCAGUCAAUGUGAGCAUUCAGUACACAAGCGAGGGAAAUAAUUUAAUUGAGAAACAAGGAUAUGUAAAGCUAACUUGUCAUGCAGACUGCAAUCCAUCAUGUUCUUAUAUGUUUUACCACAACGAUAAACGCAAACAAAACAGAUGUCCUGGAGAGAUAUAUAAAACGAAAGAAAACUCAGGACGGUACAGUUGUUCAGCAAAGAAUUAUGUAGCAGACACGCCCACAAAUUCCAGUAAUUAUGUUGAUAUCUAUAUACAGUAUAAACCAAGAUUAACAGUUCCAAAUUUUCCACAGAUCACUGCCCCUGGAUCGCUGAAGCUUAACUUUAAUGUUGACAGUUUUCCUGCAUCAAAUGUGACAAUAUUCCACGAGGAGGAGAAGCUGGAAUUUUUUUCCAAUUUCACGGGAAACAAAACGUAUGAAAUUAACAUAAGUACUUGUCUAAAUGGAGGGAAAUACAGAAUUGUUGCUGAGAAUAUUGUUGGAAAGCAGUCCACCUCUAAAACACUUACGGUUAAGUGUGCUCCUAUUAUUCUCACGUCUUCAAAUACCACAAACAAAGGUUUUGAAAUUGGAGAUGCAUUGAAUCUGACAGUGACGUUUAUGGCAAAGCCAAUCCCAAAUGUAUCAUGGACAUUUUUCACAAAGGAAGGAGAUGUGAACAAAAGUGUUCCGAAAAAUACUACAGCAACGGGAAAGGAGUUUACAAGUAUCGUUGUCAGUAAUAUGAGUGUACAUGAUUUCGGAACCUAUCAGCUUACAUUGAAUAAUAAAUUUGGACGAAAUGAAACGGAAUUCAACAUUCAAGGUGUCCCUCAACCACCCACUGAACUGACUGUGGACUGUUCAAACACUGCACUAAUCCAAUGGAAGUCUGGAUUUGACGGAGGAAGUGAUCAGAGAUUUGUUAUUGAAUACACAACCAAUGUAUCGUCAUCGUGGCUCUUCUACAAUCCACAUCCGGUGACAUCAGACAAUGCCAGCUAUGUAUUUACAGAAAUCAAUUUUCUUCAGCCCUAUGUUCCUUAUUUUUUUGGAAUCGUUGCGAAAAACCGUUUUGGAAAUAGGAGUUCGGAUACAAUUGCAAAUUGCACAGUGCAAAAUAUGGAAAAUGAAGGUUUCCAAGACAACGAAGUCGUGAUGGUUGUUAUUGGUGGAGGUGUUGGUGGAGGGGUGCUUUUACUUUUGGCCAUUGCAGUCCUCUUUGUGGUGAUCAGAGUCAAACGGAAGCAAAGAAUUAAGAAAAGACCUGAAAACUCUGGAAAAAACAGCGACGCCGCAGAUGGAAUGGUUGAAAAUAUAUUAUAUAUCUCCGCUGAUGAAGCGACAAAUUCUUUGGUAUCGCCUUCAAAUCCAUCAGGAUCACGUGAUGCCUUGGAAACAAAGAGAGGAAAUGACGUGUAUUCCGUCGUAAUGAAGACACGAAAACCCGAGAGUGACACCCCAGUUUACGCGGAGGUUCAAAAAUCUCAAACAGCAGCUAGUGAGUCUCAGAAUCAGGGCAGACCACCGAUAAAAAAGAAACCAACGAAGAGCAGGAAAAGAUCCGGCAAAAAUGUAAAGGAAGAUGGACUUGUUUAUGUCGAACUUGACCUGAAGAUGGCGCCUUCUUCGUCUGAUGGAAACCCCAUCAUUCAUGGGGCAGAAGACAGGGUAGAGUACGGCAACAUUGAUUUUACCAGGCCUGCCAAACCAGUUAAAGAGUGA